AUAUACCACAAAUUAACUAUAGUGAUUGGUGAUUAUAUAUUUAUUAUAUACCUAGAGUGAACAGUGUGCACUGCUUUAUUUCGACUAUUUCGAGAUUCGAGACAACGCUACAAACAUAGAACUAGUGUUUCAUGUCCACCGUCCGGGUUUUUCAACAAUAUUAGACUAGCCGCCGGGUUUUAAACUGUAAUUAUAAUUUUUUAAUACUUGACAUACUUUUUUAUUUUCAAAUAGUUUAGUUUAGUGAUUUCGUUUAAUAUUAACACUAGUUCUUCAGUAUCAACACUUAAAUAUGGCGAUUCAACUUGAUUCUGUUAAAUCAGCUAUUAAAGAUUCAUUACACGAUGAGUCUAAACCUUGGUGUAAAUUUUUCAGUUGGGCUGAAGCACAAACAGGAGUCAGUAGACUGAAUUUAUUUAUUGGUUUGGCGGUGUUUCUUGUAUUCUACUUAAUAAUUGGGUAUGGAACCUUAUUGUUAAGUAAUUUAAUUGGCUUUUUAUACCCGGCAUAUGCAUCGAUUAAAGCAGUUGAAUCUAGUGGAAAAGAUGAUGACACAAAAUGGUUGACAUACUGGGUGGUAUUUUCAUUUAUUACUCUUAUUGAAUUCCCAGCUGCUAUUUUACUUAAUUGGAUACCAUUUUAUUCUUUAAUCAAAACAAUAUUUUUUGUGUGGUGUUUUAUACCAAUCAGCAAUAAUGGUUCUGUGGUUGUAUAUAAUAGAUUUAUACGCCCAUACUUUUUAAAGCAUCAAGGAGAUAUUGAUCAAGCAAUGAACGAUCUUACUAAAAAAGCUACUGAAGCGGCGUUUGAGAAAUUAGUCACUGAAAAAAUCAAUUAAAUAAAAUAAUUAGUUUUGGGCUUAAAUUUGUUGAACAUUAUAAAGAUUUUCAUCAGUAAAAUUGAAGAGGGUACAAACCAGAACUAAUUUUUUUUUCAAUCUUUUAUCAUCAGUUUUUAUUAAAAUAUUACAACAACAACUAUUUAAACAAUCAGUGUAAAGUAUAUCAUUAUAUUAUAUUUUUUAAAUUUCAUUAAGUUUUCUAUUACUGUAAAAUAUAAUUUCAUAAGUGUUAAUAAAAUAUUUUUAAACCUUU